UUUUCCGGAAUGAUUUUAAAUUAGUGGAAAGUAAUUUUGAAAAAACCGUUUAAAAUAAAAAUAAAGUUAAUUAUAUUGCAAACUGGUCCCUCCCUAAUUCAGUUACCAUGGUUAAAGUAAGUUUUUUUAACCUUUCAGAUUAAUUGACUUGACUGUUCAGUUUCCCUCUCUUUUGAAAACUGAAACAUUCAUAAUUGUUCAUCAUUCUCCAUACUCCUCCCUUCCUCAUUCACUAUACUAAACGUUUCAGAGAAAAAGAGAGAGUUAGCAGAGACGACUAGGGUUCUUUGAGGUCCUGCGGCGGAAAGCACGACGCCAGCGAGAACGACGGUGGUUUUGUGAGAUCGACGACGGGAAGGCGCGGUUUCACCGACCAAGAGAUGAGUCCUGUCAAAAAGUACGCCCUGAAACCCUCUACUUGGCCUGAUUUCAGUGUAGAGUUAGACCCAAAAAUGGAGCACCUGCAAGUACCGAGUGAUUUUUAUGAGAAACAUAAAACUGCCUUGGGGGAUCGUGUUGUCAUUAUGGAUCCAGUAGGUGGGGAGUUCUCUUUUAGGUUACUUGAUGGGAACUUAGGGGGCUUGAUUUUUGAAUGUGUUGCUGAAUUUGUAAGGAGAUAUGGCCUGAAAGAAAAUCACUUAUGUGAUUUUUUCUAUUUUGGAAAAAACACAUUUAUUGUGAAGAUUUUGGAUGGUACCCUGAAAGAAAUUAGCUAUGGUGUUGGCACUUCCCUAAGCCAACCUAUAGUAAUUGAUGAUGGUGAUGAGGAGGCUGUGGAUGAUGAGGAUCCAGUGGGAGAUGAUGAGGAUGCUGAAGAAGAUGAGGAGGAUGAUGGAAUUAUGGAAGUUAGUGAAGGAGAGGAAGAAAAUGGUGUGAACAGGGUUCUUCACCCAUUUGAUAAGGUGAUUACUAAAUCAGAUUCAAAAGGAGAUCAGACUUUGUCACUACCCAUGAUGUAUGUUCGGAACCAUGUUAGGCCAAAUUGGCAGCACGUUGUUCUACAAACCCCGGAGGGUAGAACCUACGCUUGUGAGUUGAAAAGGAGGAAUCCAGGAGAGGAUGAUACUCCAUGCAACAUUGGGAAGGAUUGGAAUAAGUACGUUAAGGAGAACAAGUUGAAGAGGGGGGACACCGUGCACUUUAGACCAGAUAGCGUAGCUAAUAAUAUGAUUUACGUUAGUAUUAUUCGUAGGAAGCAGCGUUGAAUUUUUGAAGUUCUUGGUUAUGUAACUUUUGGUGGUUUGGUGUGAACUUUGGAAUGAUUAUGAUGAAUUUUGUGGUUGUUUUUGUAUGGAUGAUGUUUGUUUGUUACAGUUUAUGGAUGCUUUUAAAAAUUGCAAUGUCAUUAUGUUUUAGGUUUCAAUCUAUUGACUUUAUAUUAGUAGAUUUUGUAGAAAAUUAUCUAUGGCAUCUCAAUCUUUUUGUUCACCACAAAGAAGAAAUAUUUAUGUUGAUGGAAGGUUAUGCAACUGCGGUCUUGUUCCAGUCAUUAGGACAUCAUGGUCCAGUGAUAACUACGGACGAAGAUAUUAUAAGUGUCCUUUGCAGGCAUGUGGGUAUUUUGACUGGAUUGAUGCUCCUGGGCAAGGUGUUGUUGAAACCUCUGUGGCUCCUGUGGUGCAUAAUUUGCAUUCUAAUGCACUAGUUGUGGCACCAAUUGCGGAUAACUUUGAAGGCUUAGAGAGGACACAAGCUUUGAUCGCUGAAUACAAGAGAAGGGAGCAAAUGUAUCUGAUCAUUGUUGUUGUCUCAUUGGUUGUUUCAAUUCUAUUAAUUUUGUUUAAGUGAAUUAAAUGUGGUUAUGUGAAACAGUAAACAUGAGACGUGGUGAGAUUGGUUGGAUUGUUAUGUUUAAGCUAUUGACAUUUGUAGUAUUUUUUGAAGCUUUGGUCCCAUGUGAAGUAAACAUGAGACGUGGUGAGAUUGGUUGGAUUGUUAUGUUUAAGCUAUUGACAUUUGUAGUAUUUUUUGAA